GGAUCAACCACCUAGUGUAUAUGUACUUAGUGUAUAUUUACUUAUUUGGCGCAAAUUUUUCAGUGAAUUUUUUAUUGCGAACUGCUCAAACCCUUGGAAAAUUUUAGAGACAAUUUCCCUUUGAUUUUUAUUUAUAUCUAGACUUUUUUUUAAAAAUGAUGUUCUUGUUAAAUCUCCGGUGUAUUUCGGCUGGGAUUACAUUUUCUGCACUAAUAGCCAUUUUGGUAUUGGCCACUCAGAUCACGGACAGCGCGAAUGUACAACAAAAGCAGCGGAAACUGCAGCAAAGGCAGAGAAAUUCACAGCAAAGCCAAAGGACCUCAUCGCAGCAACAAGCGGUAGUCAAUAGUGUAUCCAAGGACCAGAUAACGGAAAUUGUAAACCUGCAUAACAAAUACCGCAGUUCAGUAAAAUCCAGGGAUAUGCGGAAGUUGAAAUGGAACACUGAUGCGGCCAAAUCGGCACAACGCUGGGCCGAUACGUGUCCGGAUGGACAUAAUAAAGACACUGACCGGCAAACGCCAGGUUUCGGUAAGUGCGGCCAGAAUAUCGCCUGGAGACAAGGUACAGCGGCGUUUUCAUGGACCAACGCCAUUAAUCAGUGGUACAACGAAGUGAAGUACUUCCGGUACUGUCGGCAGCCCACGGGUCCGGUGGGGCACUAUACGCAGUUGAUGUGGGCCAAUACGUCGGUAGUCGGAUGCGGCGUUCGUAGCGGUUGCAACAAUCUUGGCACGAAUACUAUUGUGUAUGUCUGCAACUACUGUAACGGGGGUAAUAUUAUGUUAAACAACGACCCGAACUCACCAUACUGCCCAUGGAAAGUCUGAAAAUACUACACGCUGCAGAGACCAUAAUAAUAUGCAUGGAAAAUUUUCGAAUGUUUUUUUUAUCAAAUUAUCGAAUGCGAUGUUAGUUCAGCGUAUUGUGCGCAUUGUGGAUUAAAGCACUACUUUCCUUUAUCUGUACAUGCAUCCAAUGUUUUUUUUUUAUUUUUUUUGUACAUUAAUUAAUUGUUAAUUACGAUAAUUAUUACUUAUCUGAAAUAUGCUUUAAUGUUUUUUUCAUAAUUACUGCGUUCAAGAUUCCCGGUAUACGUGCUUAUUUACUGGAAAUC